GCUUCCAGUCCGUGGACUCGCUCUUGCACGCAACGCUCAGACAUGCAGGCCCUCACCCUUUUUCUCGUGGCUCUGGCGGCCGUGGUCGCGUCGGCAGCGGCUUACACCACCAAGUACGAUAACAUCGACUUGGACGAGAUCCUGGCCAACGAGCGCCUUCUCAAGAAGUACCACGAGUGUCUCGUCUCCGAUGCCGACAGCAGCUGCACUCCAGACGGCAAGGAACUCAAAGCGACCAUCCCCGACGCUCUGGUGACUGACUGCAGCAAAUGCAACGAGAAGCAGAAGGAGGGCGCCAACAAGGUCAUCAGGUUCCUCAUCCAGAAGAGGGACGACCUCUGGAAACCUCUGCAGGCCAAGUACGACCCCGAGGGAGUCUACAUUGGCAAACAUCCAGAGCUGCUCAAACCUGAAUGAACCCAAUUAUCAGUCUGUUAAAAUAGUGUCGUCGCUGUUCUUCAAAUAAAUCGUUAUCUUCCAGUUAAUACAGUUAA